UGUAAGAUGCGGAACUCGCUGUCAUAUGACUUCUCGGUUUGUUGCUAAAAUGGUGCUGAUCCGAGGCUGAAGUCUCCGUUAAAGAAAUGGAGGAGAUAAGAGUGUCUCCUGACUACAACUGGUUUCGAAGCACAGUGCCCCUGAAAAGGAUCAUAGUGGAUGAUGACGACAGUAAAGUUUGGUCACUGUACGACGCCGGGCCAAAGACCAUCAGGUGCCCAAUCAUCUUCCUUCCUCCUGUGAGCGGUACAGCUGAGGUUUUCUUUCAGCAGAUUUUGGCUCUCACCGGUUGGGGCUAUCGGGUAAUUUCGCUCCAGUACCCUGUCUACUGGGACCUACUGGAAUUUUGUGAUGGAUUUAGGAAGCUUCUCGACCACUUGCAGCUGGAUAAGGUGCACCUAUUUGGUGCUUCCCUGGGAGGAUUUCUGGCUCAGAAGUUUGCAGAGGUGACCCACAAGUCCCCUCGAGUUCACUCCCUCAUCCUGUGCAAUUCAUUUAGCGACACAUCCAUUUUUAACCAAACGUGGACAGCUAACAGUUUCUGGUUGAUGCCAGCUUUUAUGCUGAAGAAGAUUGUUCUCGGCAACUUCGCCAAAGGACCUGUAGAUCCAAAAAUGGCAGAUGCCAUAGACUUUAUGGUUGAUAGGCUGGAGAGUCUGAACCAGAGUGAACUGGCCUCCAGGCUCACCCUGAACUGCCAAAACUCCUACGUCGAACCUCACAAAAUAAAGGACGUUGCAGUCACCAUUAUGGAUGUUUUUGAUCAGAGUGCUCUUUCAAACGAGGCAAAGGAGGAAAUGUAUAAACUGUACCCCAACGCAAGAAGGGCUCACCUCAAAACUGGUGGAAACUUUCCAUACCUUUGUAGAAGUGCUGAAGUCAACCUUUACAUCCAAAUACACCUGCGACAGUUCCACGGGACGAGGUACGCCGCAAUCAACCCAGCUAUGGUUAGUGCUGAGGAACUGGAAGUCCAGCGGAGCAGCCUGAACAACUGCAGAGAGAGUGACGACGAAUCGUGAGAGGAUCCCAUCCCCCCGCCCCCCCCCAUCUUCCUACACUGGGCCGACUACAGGAGCGUUAACGCACUGUACUGCACGCUGUCUCCUUCCAGAGAGGUCCUCUUUGGUCCCAUGGUUUUCUAUGAUGGCUCCAAUCAAAACAAUGGACUACAAGAGCUUAUUUUUACUUUACAGAACAAUAUUUUGAUAUUGUAUCACGACUGUAAAUAAUUUCCGUACUCAGUCAGUGCAGAUUUCACAGGAUGCUCUUUUGAACUUGAUGCCUUAUGUGACUAUAUAAAUACCUUUCGUCUGGUCGAUUUUGCACUUCUUAUUGUCUUUUUUUUUUUUUUUUCAUCCAUUUCAGCUUUUUCCUUUUAUUUUUCUUUUGGAAGUUUUUGUAACUCAUGCACUGAUUAAAAGGAUAACCUGCAA